AUGAAAGAAGAUGCUAAUGAUAAUAUACAGGUCAAUGUACCAGUUGAUCAAUAUGCAUCAAACUUAUGGUCGCUCAAAAACAUUAAUCGUACAACAUCUAACAACUCUUCAACGACAACUUCAAGAAGAUCAGAAGCAUUACAAGAGUUUGGCAAUCCACCAUUACCUCAAUGUCUAUCUGAAAUGAAUCCUCCAUUAAAUUUUACAACAAUGUCAGCAAUGGUUACAGCUGUUGUCGGAAAAGACUCAACAGAUCAUUGUUUCGUACAAUAUGUUUAUGAUUUGAAACCUAAUAAACAACAAAUUCGUUCUAUUCGUAAUAUAUGGAAAGCAAUUUAUAAUAAAAAAGCUUGUUAG